CGAUCUUGGCUAUUGAAAUUGUGAAAUCCAUUUACUGUUAACAGUAAGACAACUUCCUUGGAAAAGACAAUGACCUUUCCAUCACUCGCAGCAAACAUCAAAUCUCUGAUUUUGUGUAUUGGUUUUGCAUAUUUGGAGUGCCGACAGACGAAAUGACGAAAAGGUUGGCUGUUGCCUUUCCCUUGAUAUAUGUUCUCGUUCACCUGUGCCUUUCCAUGGGGCAUGGAGAUCUCAGGAAAAGCCAGAAUUCUGAACAUAGAGGCUUGAUUAUUAAUGGAAGGAAUGCCGAGAAGGGACGAUAUCCAUACUUUGUAACGCUCGAUCACAACGGCGGCGGGGUAUUGAUUGCGCCAGAUAUUGUACUGACGGCGGGCCACUGCAAGCCACGAAAGCGGGACAACCUCAAACCCCGCGUAGGAACCUAUUCUUUCUCCAGGGACCGAAAGAUCGUGGAUUAUGAACAGUUUGAUAUCGUCGACAUGGUUCGUCACCCGGGCUGGAUUCAGGUGAACGAGGAUGACUUUAUUUGGGACUUCUUGCUGAUAAAACUCGACGGAAAGUCAAACAAGCCAGUCAUCAAGAUCAAUCGACAAGCCGAUGUUCCUUAUGAGGGCCAGUAUGUCGUGGCCAUGGGAGUCGGCAACACUAACCCUUAUUUUGAGUCUAAAGCCGACACCCUACAGGAGGUACCCUUAGAAUAUCUUUCCAACGAUAUGUGUUCCGAGUCGUUCGAUCCGGCUCGAAACUUGACGUACCAGGAUCAUAUUAAUAUUAGUAUGAUGUGCACGACAGGAGGUCCUCGCAAUGAACGCGACGCAUGUUCAUAUGACAGUGGUAGCCCAAUCAUUAUUCCGGGAAAGAACUCUGAGCAAGACUUGCUGGUGGGCUUGGUAUCUUGGGGGGAGCUCUGUGCCGACCCGGACUUCCCAGGUGUAAAUUCUCGUGUGAGCUCUGUGAGUGAAUGGAUCGAUUCCGUUGUUUGCGAGCUGUCCAUUGACCCUCCGAGCGAUUUCUGUCCAGAAAGGACAGAUGCAAGAAGCUGGCACCUGAUGUUGAUGGUAGUCGGUAUAAUUGCCGUGACGAUGGCAUUUUUUGCAUUAUGUGAUUGUCGAGCGAAAAAGAGUUUGGGGGUUGGGGACUUAGAUAAGAGCGAUACUUUGAUCGAGAAAGAAUUGUUGUGCAAUACCUAUGCAAGCAGGUCGGAAGGUGAAUCGUACGGAUCGAUAGAGGCAAUAGCCCUGACGACGGAUUAG